CUGACCUCCCUCCUGCUUGGGUGGAAGUGACUGUUGUUGGAACAGCGGUAUUGUGAGCAGCAGAAAUGUUACUCAAGCCAAACACUUGACACUAUAAUACUGGCCCCGUCCUGUUUAGUAGGAAGUGACAGUAGUUGGGAUAGUUAUCUAGGGAGCAGCAGAACCAGAAUUGAAGCCAAAUAUUGGACAUGUACUGACCUCUAUCCUGCCUAGGUGGAAGUGACUGUGGUUGGAACAGUGGUCAAGUGAGCAGCAGAAAUGGAACAGCCAGACACUGGACCUAUACUGACCUCCCUCCUUUAUGGUGGAAGUGACUUUGGUUGGGAUUGUUGUCAAGUCAAGAAUUACAAGCCAAGUCUUGUCAGCCAGUGCAGUAAAGUGACCCAGAUUUCGGAGCUGACCAACUCGCAGCCCACAGGCUUAGAGGGGCUGUCAGUGGAGCUGGAAACUGUCCUGGGGGAAAUUAAAACCCUGCAAAUCAGUCAGAAGGCCAGCAUUCAGUCAUUGCAGAGAACAUACAAGGAACAUAGUGCAGUUAUGAUAGAGCAAAUGCGUGGCAAUUUAAAUACUUAUAUAGAUGAAUGUGAUAAUAAUUCUGUGGGUACAUCAGGCGGAAAUGAGCAAUAUUUAAAAGAAGAGAUGUGUAGGAGUGUUCUCUCUAUCGUGAAUGAAUUUGAUAAUAUUACUGCGAAGGAACUUAACGAGAUGAAAGAUGAAGUUAUAAGCAUUAAAGGGUCAGUUACAAGUUCUAUUCAUAAAUGCACCACUCUUCACAAUGACUUGUCACAAUUCCAUGAACUUGUUCAGAAAAUUGGAGAUAAUAAGGAGCUCUGUCUUAUAGCCAGCAUAAAAUGUAAGCAUAUAAUACAGCAAGCAUUGACUCUGCUGGGAAAGUCAGGCAAGGCGUUUAAUGUCCAGCAGAAGUCUGUGCACAAUGUGAGAAUACCAUGUGAUUCAGUUACAUGUGAUAUCUCAGGCAUAUGUGUUCUUCCAGAUGGACAGGUCCUGGUUGCAGACUUCGAAAAUAAGAGAUUCAAGCUUCUGAGCCAGCAGUACCAGGUGGUGAGUCACUGGGAUGUGAAUGCUUAUCCACGGGCCAUAUGUUUGAUCACACCCAGUGAGGUUGCAGUGGCUGUGAAUGACCAUGAUAGCAAGAUACAUGAGGUCCAGUUUAUCACUGUCAACCAGGGAAAGCUUGUUUCUGGCAGGAAGUUUCAGUUACAACAUGAAUGUAGAGGUAUUGCCCAUCAAAAUGGAGACCUUUUUGUCACCUCUGGUAAAGAAUUGUACAAAUACACAUUGAGUGGCAAACUGAUCUGCAGACUCUACCAAGAUAGAUCAGGUGAUUUGACAGUAUUGAAGUGUGCUGUGAGUCCCACAGGAGACAGGCUGUACAUCACCAGCUACUGGCAGCACAAGCUUCUCACCCUGGCCAGGGAUGGCACACUCCUGGCUACAUACACAGACCCAGCACUAGAGUUCCCACGUGGUCUACAUGUGACCCCUGCAGGCCAGGUGCUGGUCUGUGGAGACUAUUCCUCCACUGUACAACAGAUGGGCUGGGAGGGGAGGAUGGAGUGA